AAAAUAAAGUUGAUUAAUGUUAAAGGAAAUGUCUGUCAUGGGAUAUAGUUGCAGUCCAGUUCUUAAAUCUGAAGUGUCUACAGAGACUAUUAAAUGCUGAUCAAAAAACCGAUAAUAUUCCAGGGUCAGGGCUCUUUAUUACAAAAAUCUAACACAACAUCGGUUUAUGCAUAGAUAGUAAUGCAUGAAAAGUAAUUCCGAAUUAUUCCUAACUUUGCUCCCCACCAUUUUAUUCUCUAACAGGCUGUAUUUAGUUGCAGAUAAGCUUUCACAGCUUGUAUUAGCUUUAGAUAGAUAUCCACCAAGCUCAGUCCAUAUGUAUAUGUUGUCUAUCUAUGGGCACUCCCAUGAAAUUGUCACCCUUGGUUCGUUUUACGCCCCACUGAGCGCCGAUCGAAUCAAUUAAAUGCAAACUGCCCAAUUUAAUUGAAAAUCAGUCGAAAUCAGUAGCACUCUCCAAGCGGUUGUGUGGUGGUCCAAAAAAACGGAAAAUAUAAUGUUGGAAGAUCAAGAUAAAUCACAAAUGGCUAAUCGAUCGACAGGAUACGCCCUGAAACGUAGAAAAGAUCGUUUUGUGGUGGAGGCAAUCGUGGGAAUCGUGAAUCCAGCCUACGAACCUGAUCUGGGUGGAGAUAAAUCCUCCAUCAGUGGCAUCAAUAGAAAAUGGCGAGUACAGAUGAUGGCUUACUAACAGAUCA